AUGGACACGGGCAUCGGAGACCGUUCCCCUCGUUUCAAACUCCGCCCCGACUUGGCUUAUAGACGCCAGAGUGGCGCAAUCCAGGUUGGACUCGAACCACGUUCACCCUUUAAGCAACUUUGGAACCAGCACCGUUUAGCGACUUAUCUUUGUCAAGGCAAGCUCAAUCAGCCUCUCCACAGUCUCUUUGUAAAACUAAUCGUCAUUAUCUUUUGUUUACUCGCAAUUGCCACUCCUAGACGUCAUCUUACUGGCAAGACCAUUACGCUCGAGGUCGAGUCCUCGGACACGAUCGACAACGUAAAGACCAAGAUUCAAGACAAGGAGGGCAUCCCUCCCGAUCAGCAGCGCCUCAUCUUUGCCGGAAAGCAACUCGAGGACGGGCGCACUCUUUCCGACUACAACAUCCAGAAAGAGAGCACGCUCCAUCUCGUCCUCCGCCUCCGUGGUGGUAUGCAAAUCUUCGUCAAGACGCUCACUGGCAAGACGAUCACUCUCGAGGUCGAAUCGUCUGACACUAUCGACAAUGUUAAGACGAAGAUCCAGGACAAGGAGGGCAUCCCCCCUGACCAGCAGCGCUUGAUCUUUGCCGGCAAGCAGCUCGAGGACGGCCGUACCCUCUCCGACUAUAAUAUUCAAAAGGAGUCGACGCUUCAUCUUGUUCUUCGUCUCCGUGGUGGUAUGCAAAUCUUUGUCAAGACCUUGACGGGCAAGACCAUUACCCUCGAGGUCGAAUCUUCCGACACUAUUGACAACGUAAAAACGAAGAUUCAAGACAAAGAAGGCAUUCCUCCGGAUCAGCAGCGGCUCAUUUUCGCGGGCAAGCAGCUCGAAGACGGUAGGACCCUCUCCGAUUACAAUAUUCAGAAGGAGAGCACUCUCCACCUCGUCCUCCGCCUCCGCGGUGGUCUCUAA